AUGGAUGAAAUGGAAGAAGAAUUAAAAUGCCCUGUCUGCGGAUCUUUUUUCCGGGAGCCGAUCAUUUUACCGUGCUCCCACAACAUUUGCCUGGCUUGCGCUCGGAAUAUCCUAGUACAGACCCCCGACGCUGAAUCUCCACAGAGUAGCCGUGCGUCUGGCUCGGGGCUAUCUGAUUAUGACUAUCUAGACCUGGAUAAAAUGAGCUUGUACAGCGAGGCGGACAGUGGGUAUGGUUCCUAUGGUGGAUUCGUAAGUGCUCCGACCACCCCUUGCCAGAAAUCCCCAAAUGGUGUGCGUGUAUUCCCCCCUGCCGUCCCCCAACCUCCUGCUCAGCACCACUUACUAGGACACCCCGGCUCUCUACCCCCUAUCCCCCGAAACUCCUGCAUCACCUGCCCGCAAUGCCAUCGCAGCCUCAACCUGGACGAAAGAGGACUCCGCGGGUUUGCCAAGAACCGGGUGCUGGAAGGGGUCGUGGACCGGUACCAGCAGAGCAAAACAGCCGCCCUCAAGUGUCAACUCUGCGAGAAGAGUCCCAAAGAGGCCACAGUGAUGUGCGAGCAAUGUGACGUGUUCUACUGUGAACCUUGUCGCUUGAGGUGCCACCCUCCUCGAGGUCCGCUAGCCAAGCAUCGCCUUGUGCCCCCGGCGCACGGCCGGGUAAGCCGUCGGACAAGUCCCCGGAAGAUCUCCACCUGUACAGAGCACGAACUGGAGAACCUGAGCAUGUACUGUGUUCAGUGCAAGAUGCCGGUGUGUUACCAGUGUUUAGAGGAAGGCAAGCACGGAACACAUGAAGUCAAGGCUCUGGGAGCUAUGUGGAAACUGCACAAGGGCCAGUUGUCCCAGGCCCUCAACAUCCUGUCUGACAGAGCUAACGAGGCCAAGGAGUUCCUGGUUCAGCUGAGGAACAUGGUGCAGCACAUCCAGGAGAACGGUGUGGAGUUCGAAGCCUGUCUGGUGGCCCAGUGUGACGCUCUCAUCGACGCCCUGAACCGACGCAAGGCCCAGCUGCUGACCCGCGUCAACAAGGAGCAUGAGCACAAGCUGAAGGUGGUGAGGGAUCAGAUAUCUCAUUGUACAGUGAAGCUGCGUCAGACUACAGGCCUGAUGGAAUACUGUGUGGAGGUCAUCAAGGAGAAUGACCCUAGCGGAUUCCUACAGAUCUCAGACGCCCUGAUCAGGAGGGUGCACAUGACGGAGGGCCAGUGGGGGAAGGGAACCCUGACCCCCAGGAUGACCAGUGACUUUGACCUGACCCUGGACAGCGGACCCCUGUUACAGACCAUCCACCAACUGGACUUCGUACAGAUGAAAGUCCCAGCAGCCCCCAUGCUCCAGCUGGAGGAGUGCUGCACCAUCAACAACAGCGCCACAUUGUCAUGGAAACAGCCACCUCUCUCCACCAUCGCCGUGGAUGGAUACAUCCUGGAGCUGGACGACGGCAACGGGGGACAGUACAGGGAAGUGUACGUGGGGACGGAGACGAUCUGCACGGUGGACGGACUCCACUACAACAGCACCUACAUGUCAAGGGUCAAAGCCUUCAACGCCAGCGGAGUUGGACAGUACAGCAAGAUACUGGCCAUGCAGACCUCCGAGAUUGCCUGGUUCACCUUUGACCCCGCGUCAGCCCACCCUGACAUCAUCCUCUCCAACGACAACCUGACAGUGACGUGCAACAGCUACGAUGACAGGGUGGUCAUGGGUAAUUCCGGCUUCUCCCGCGGUGUGCACUACUGGGAGAUCACGGUGGAUCGCUAUGACAACCACCCGGACCCUGCGUUUGGGGUUGCCCGCGGCGACGUGCUGAAGGACGUGAUGCUGGGGAAAGACGAUAGGGCCUGGGCCAUGACGGACGGGGGCGUCAGUAAAGGAGCUACAGUAGGAGUGUUGUUAGACUUCACCAGAGGGAUCCUCAUCUUCCUCAUCAACGACGAACAGCAGGGUCCUGUGGCCUUCGAAGGCAUCGAGGGGCUCUACUACCCUGCUAUCAGCCUCAACCGAAACGUACAGGUGACCCUGCACACCGGCCUGCCCAUUCCUGACUUCUACACUCCAGGAGAAGCAGACCUGUCUGGCUCAGUGUGUUAA